ACCACAGGGUCAUCUGACCCGGGAGGAAGUGACGAUAUAUUCUUUACCGUGGCAGACUCAAAGUGUUAGUGAGUUUUUUGACCAGGGACCAAAAUUAGCUCGAGAUCCCCUUCACGUCCCGAUGGCGACUGAAGGAAAUGAUGGCGUGGCCGUCGUUCACCGACUGGUCCGCCUGCCCCCGUGCUCCCACUGCCAAUCAGUUGUCAGCCAGACAGCCCCCCCCCGCCCCCCACCCGUCGGCUUCUAUCCAGUGAACGUUUCAUCAGUGAAGCUCGUUGAUCUCUGACAUCAUUUGAGACCUUAGCUGCUGAUCUUUGAAAUCAACUCUAACUUUUAAAUGAGUUCAGUAAAGUGCAUCAACUUCGUUUUGAACAGAGCAGGAAAUCCCCAGAAAGGCGUCUGUUGGUAUAUUUCAUGUCUUGAAUAUAAAAGUGUUGUGCUGAUGUUAAUGGACGUGUGAAUGUCUCCUGCAGCUCCCCUGACUCAUCGCACCAUGGCAGAUACCGAGCAUGACUUCCAGACCGGUGAGUCCGGCGCCUCCGCCACCUUCCCCAUGCAGUGCUCCGCUCUGCGCAAGAACGGCUUCGUGGUGCUGAAGGGACGUCCCUGCAAAAUCGUGGAGAUGUCCACCUCCAAGACCGGCAAGCACGGGCAUGCUAAGGUUAAUAUGGUCGGCAUCGACAUCUUCACCAACAAGAAAUUUGAAGAUAUGUGCCCCUCCACCCACAACAUGGAUGUUCCCGCAAUCAAGAGAUUAGACUACCAGCUGAUCAACAUCAAUGAAGGCUACAUGUCCUUGUUGGGCGACAACGGUGAAGUCAGGGAGGACCUGCGUGUCCCCGAGAACGACAUCGGCAAGGAGAUCGAGUCCAAGUUCGAAGGAGGCGAGGAUUUCCUGGUCACCGUGAUCAGUGCCAUGGGGGAGGAGUGUGCUGUCGCUACCAAGGUCCUGCCCAACAAAUAGGGAGACCAGACAACAAGCACCACCCACAACCAGUCUCUUGCAUUCUCAUCGGUUCUGUCACCAAAGCGUCGGCCUUCACAGACAACCUCAAUCAUUCUGUUGUGAUUCAUCAUUGAUCUUAUUUCUCUCCUUUUUGCGUUGGCUCCCCUCGUGGCUGUUCUGGAACGUUCCCCCGCGGCUCGCUGCGUGGUCCUCCGCCCGAUCACUGAAGUUUCUGUUCGCCAACGAUCUACUUUAUAUAAAAACAACUUCAAAAAUAAUGAUCGCUCGCUCGUUCCUGCUUAUUUUCGCCUUCAAAGUGUUUGGUUUCUGCCACGCACGUUCCUGAAUGUUUAAAUAACAACAGGAUUCAGCUUUUGUAUGAUUAUUUUUUUAUAUUCUUUAGAUUGAACAUAGCGGGUGUUGAACCCUUUAGAGGGACGGGAGGGGGAGGGCAGCAGCUUGAGUUGUAGGGAGGGAGGGAGGGUCGCCCCUGUAGAUACUAGAUUCUGGUUUAGAUUGUCCCAGUAGCAGCCGUGUCGCUUCCCAGUUUGGCCUGUGCUCUGGUUCCUGACUGGAUUCUGUGCACUUAGAUCAGAUUUACCCCCAAUCGCUGGGUUCGGUGGCGGCGAGGCACUUCCAAGCACUUGAGGUCCCCCCCCCCCCCCCCCCCUGCAUGUCAAACCUCUAAAACCAAGAAAAGAGUAGUUCUAUUUUUUUCUUCCCCCCCACCCCCCCCACCCCCACCCCAAGAUGAACAGAAGCAAACUUCAGUGAUUUCCCUCAUGACGCCGGUCUCUGGUCUGUAGAAGUUGGAGGGCUGUGAGGAGCCUGUGCACUCACGCCUCUCGUUCUCCGGUCGAGGGCGCGCUCCGCUGACCCAGUCAUACCCCCCCACCCCACCCCCCAGUACAAAAGGAGUGUUCAAUUUUGUUUUGAGAGGCAUGAGUGUGUAGCGGUGUGGGCCUCCGAAAUGUGUGAGGCGGUUUGCAGUGAGGUGUGUGUAUCUUUUGAGGGACUCGAUCGGGGAGGGUGGUAGAGUUGCAAACUUUUUGUUCACUCGAGGCCUUUGUCACCUGACUGGAGAUGGCAGAAAUAAAAUAAUGAAACAAAUGGACAAAAACUGCAAACUAUGUCUGUCUGGUUUUGUUUCUAUAAUAAACCUGAUAAUGAGUUUGAAGAGAA